AUGCUUGAGAAAAAGAAAGUACUGGCGUCAUCCUAUUUCCCGACUCUGACUUACGUGUAUCACAACCAGACUCCGCCACCCAACCCACUACGUGGCAAUGGCAUCGGAAAACAUAACCCUGCCACCGCUUACUCCCCCGCCUUAUAUAUUUCCCCAUCCGUGGUCAGCAACACUUUAGAAGAAGUCAUAAGUUCCCAACAGCAAAAAGAGGAGCUCUAUCGCAGGGCAAGGGAAGGAGAGACCGUCGUCCCUGGCGGAACCGGCUGCAAGAGCCUCGAAGCUCAAGAACACCUGGCUGAAGGGAGCAGCCGGGAAGGACAGACGAGGAAUGAACAGAUAGGAACGGAAGGGUACCAAGAAAUGGGCCGCAAAGGCGGACUCAGCACCGGUGACAAGUCCGGCGAGGAACGUGCAGCCGAAGAAGGGGUUCAGAUUGACGAGAACAAGUACAGGACAAGCCAGAGGGGCUAAACCCAACCAGCCAACCUCUUCCUGAUAGACAGCUCUUUGCUUAGCUUUUGAGUUAGUGGGAAAAGGAGUUCCUUUUGUCUGUAUCAAAGUAGUGAAACUCCUUUGUUUCCUCUUAGUUUGUGUUUGAUCCAUGUAUCAAAUGAAGUAAUAGUUUCUUUUUA